AAAAUAAAACAAUUUUAAUCAAAGUAAAUUACACCCUCCUUUUAAGGAGGAAACAGCUUUAACUAUAGCCGUAUACUGGAGAAGCAUGCAUUAGCAGGGUCCUCAUAGAUUUGAAGAAAAAAAAACUUAAUAGAAUUCUCAAUAGGUAAAUUAGUAACUUAAACAUUUUAUAUGAUACUAGCUGUCCCAGCAAACGUUGUUUUGCCAUAGUGCAGAAAUUAUGUUAUAAACGUAUGAAAAAAAAAAAUCUUGAUACUUAAGAUGUAGACAAGAUUCCAUAAGAAUCGGAAGAGCCGAUUCGGAGGAGUUCAAUUUCGUUCACAGUGACACGAGGAUUUUAUAUAUAAGAUUAUUCGGACACGAGUGGCAAGUAUAUUAACACGGAAUAUUUGGCAUUGAUUAAAAAACAAUGAACUAAUAAAUAUAAUUUAAGAACAUGAUGAACACAUACGCAUGCAUGUACACCGUUUGCGUUAAAACUUUGUGAUAAGGGAACAUUAUGACAGCGAUAGAAAUACAGCUCGAUUGAGUAUGAAUAAAAUUAUGGAGUGAAAGUAAUUAAGAGGACACAAUUAAUCACUUUUUAAAUUAUAACAUUAUGUACAAAAGAAAAUCCAUCACAAAAAUACAUUUACAACACAACUCUCGACCUGGAAGGAAGUGAAAAGCAACGUCCAAUUUAGAGUUAGUUGCAAUAACCUUGACACUAUCGAACAACGGAGGAUUUCCCAACCACUGCUAGCGUCUAGUAUAUAAAAUCAUUGUAGCCGAUGGAUCAAUAUCAUUCAUUGUACAAGAGCAACAACAAGACUCAUUAUGAGAAGAACUCUUCUUGUGGCACUUGGCCUCAUGGCCAUUGCUGCUCUCUGUUCCGCAAGGGAAAUCCGAGAGAAGAGAGCCGCCGACCUCGAGGCCGCAGCCUCGCACGGUCACAAAUGGGACAAAGGUGGCGGACAUGAACAUCAUGGGCACCACCACCAUGAACAUGGUGAAAAAGGGCACAAAGGUCACAAGGGCCACCAUGAACAUCACCACGGCAAAAAAGGACACCACCACCACGAGGGACACAAGGGCCAUCACGGCGAACAUGGUGGACACAAGAAACACCAUCACCAUGACGAGGGCUACCAUCAUCAUCACCAUCACGGUGAGAAGGGCGACCACGGGCACGGACACGAGGAGCACGGACACUGGCACAAGGGCCACGACACUAAGGGACACCACGGAGUCGAGAAACACGACGAGUUCAAGAAGGACAAGCACUUCCACGACCACCACGGAGAGAAAGGCCACCACGAGCACCACGGCGGGCACCACCACGAGGGCGGCUACAAGAAGGGCGGUCACUUCCACAAGGGACACAAGCAUGGCGGACACCACGAACACCACCACGGCAAGAAAGGACAUCAUGAGAAGGGAGGCCACCACCACCACCACAAGGGCCACCACGGUGAGGGAGGCCACCACGAGCACUGGCAUGACCAUCAUGAACACGGCAAGAAGGGAGGACACGAGGACCACAAGCACUGGGGUCAUAAGAAGGGCCAUUAAGCUGUUACUAAAUGUACCUGAAUUGUUAUUUGUUGAUUUGUUCCUAAGGAGAGGUUUUGUUUCGCUCUUGAACCAAAGAAUUAAAUUUUUUACAAAAUAA